AUUUUCCCAUUUCUCUCUGAGUAGAAGAAAUCGAGAAAGUGACUGAUCAAAGAUGGGAAGUCAGGAGAAUGUGAAACACCUCGAGGAAUGCACUGUCUCCAAUGCACUAGGGACAUGGGUAUUCUCAGUCCUAGGAGCAUUGGUUGCAAUCCCAGUGGGCAUCAAACGCAAGUCUCUAGGUCCACUCGUGUUCUUUGGCACAACCGGAACAAUGCUUGACAUCAUCAUUGGUGUGAGUCAAUGCGAGAGAGAACACGCAGAACACCAAAUGAAGUUACUCCAAGACUCUGAAAAUGCCACAACAACCACCAACACAGAGACUGAGGAUACUUCUUCCAUGUCCUAAUCUUCUUACAUUAGUUUCAAUAAGACUAUGAUGUAAUUUUGAUGCCAUUUACAAGUAAGACUUGUUUCAAGAUAUUGUGAUUAUUCCAUGUGUUUUGAGCAAACAAAGAAGCAAGCUUUUAAUGAUUUUGGCAACCUAAAGCUGAUUCAUUAA